UGCAACGUUUUCUAAUUAUAAUUUGGAUCUUCAGUAUUUGUGAAUCAUGUCACAUCAUUAAGCUUGGCAUUGAAUAUAAAGCUAAUCAAAAUUGUAAAGAGGUUAAAGUACACGAGUUAUCACAAUGGACAAAGUUAAGACAAAGUUAUGGACAAAUUGGUGAUAACAAUAAUGUUAGUACCGGAAUCGUUUAUUUUGUCCACCUCUAUCCAGACUUUACUUGCAUGGCCGAGUUCCCGAUUGAAUUCCAUUUCGAUGGAGAUAAUUACCCGUUGGAUGGGAUUUAUGUCGAAAUGGACGAAACAAAUGGGAUUUAUUCAGUAAGCGUGGAUUUGUAUGGAUUUUCACCAGAUCACAUCGGUUGGUAUGGGUGCCGUGCAAGGAGAAAUUUGUCAGAGGAAGUAACCUACUAUUUCCUUUAUGACUUUGAACGAAGGCCAGCUUACCUCCUACGAAGGGGUGAAACUGUGUAUAUUAAUGCAACCGAUGAGAUUGUUACACUUCCUUGUUUGUCCCCCUUGGUGAAACCACACCCCUUGCUUUUCCGUGAUUACGGGUAUGAUCCUCAGACCCCGUGCACCUCAAUGAGUAUCAAUCGGACCACGGGACAACUUGAAGACCAUGGAAGUGCCAACUGCCCAAAUUUGGAUGAACUGGAUGACUUGACAGUCGAAAACUAUCAUUUGCUAAAAACGAACACUUUAUCCGCACAUCGUCUCGUUCACGUUAAUUUGACGACAUAUUUCAUCGAUAAAGGAUUCCGGCUGAAUUCGAGUAAAAUAAAAAGUCCGUGGGGACGUUACGUUUGUGCCGUGGAUUUGGAGAAUAAUUACGUGAAAUUUGUUCUACGAAGGGAAGAACUGAUCAUUUCUCCACCCACGUGGAAUCCACAUUACAAGCAAGUGCUCCAACAUCCCACGAAAUCACUGCAUUUUAGUUGUUUUUCUAGGAAGCGGAUUAAUCAUGCAGUUAUGCACGACGGAUUUGUCAUGCUGCCCCAAUUGACGGUGGAAUUUUUCAAUCUACCCGGUACAAGGUUUCGUUACGGACUUAAUAUUUCGAUAUCGCUGAAAACAUCGUGGAGCUUUACAUUUGCGGUGAAGUGUUUCCAUAAUGAGACUCGAUCCGGUUUAUCACCUAUUCAACAUGAGUGGACUAUCGAGGGACCUGGAGAUUCGUUUGUCGACUUCAAUGGUGCCACCGUUGACGAGAUUGGAUUUCAGUUGGAGAACGGCAAGCACAAGAUAAGAUGUCGAUCUGCGUAUAAGAGGUUACCCUUGAUGGCUGUUCUCUACUGUGCAAACCCCAUCGAAUGCAUGCAUCUUAAGAAUGACGCUUUUACGAAAGAGGUGACAAAAUAUACCGAUGGAAGAAAAACUUCUGUCGGUUAUGCGUUCAAUUACGACGUGAAAAACUACCCGUCAGGCUUGCUGUCCUGUUCGGACGAUUACGAAGUAACCCAUGCCAUGUUUUUUGCAGGGUUUGAAGGCGACAUAUAUUUAAUUAAAAAUACUGUGGAUAUAUUUUCCUCAUAUGAAAACAUUUCGAAAAAUAUGGUGGAAAUAAAUGGGGUAGUAAUAGACAAAUACACAAAACCGGGUUUAUACAUUUUUCCGAUCAUUACAAUGGACGACGACCCCUUGAAGAUCAUAGUAAUAUGUCGCGCUAAAUCGUUCUUCUUCGAUGGCGACAUGUUUUUCGCGGCGGUUUUAAAGAAUGGGAGUCAUUUAUUGCUAGAUGUGGAGGACGAAACUUGGGCGAAUGGUGACAAUUUCUCCCUAGAAAUUACACAGACCCCCAUAAAAGAGAAAAUCAUUGGAAAAGAUGACGCACCAAAUAUACUGAAAGGAAUGGAAGAAGGGUUUUUCUCCGCUGAUAUUCAAGAUGGAAUGACGUCUACGGGGUUUGAGGGCAAAGCCAUGAUACGUUUCACCUCUGACAUUAAGAUGGUGACCUGCUCUGUCAAGUACCGACAUAAACAGAGCGAAACAAUUAGCGUUUCGAGAAUGGUGGAACUUAAAGAUCCUAUUCUUCCAAAGAUUCUCACCACCAAGAAGACCUACGAUUUUAAAAUAAACGAAGAGAAACGAUAUUUAUCGUGUCAUGCGGAUGGCUGGCCUACGCCAAGAAUCCAAUGGUUACGAGAUGGCAUCGUUCAGCCAGCAGUUCUUCACAAAAAUCAAGAAGUGGUCCUCAGUUUUUCUGUGGUAUCCUAUCCCGACGAGGGGGAGUAUGUUUGCCGUGCGGAAAAUAACUAUGGCCACGCUAACGAAACGUUCACAGUGGUUGUGACAGGAGAAGAUUAUACAACCCAAACGGCCCUCGCGAUUACAGCAAUGACUUUAGUUUUUGUCUCUUUAGGAAUGUUUGAGCUGAUUAGGAGAUUCCGUAAUCGAGCAACACUUACUGAAGAAAUGGCGAAUCAGCUCCUUAACGAGGAAGGGGCCAAUAUGUCCGCCUACAAUCCCGACUAUGAAAUUCCCAUGGAAAGAUUAGAGUUUGACAAGGUAAGGCUUGGCGAGGGUGCCUACGGAAUUGUGACGAAGGGUUAUCUAAGGAAUCCGACAACCGAUACAGAAACCGUUGUGGCGAUCAAGUCUUGUAAACCUGGAGCAGACAUUAUCGCGUUGCGGGCUUUAUUGGCAGAAAUUAAGAUCAUGCUAUACGUGGGGAAGGCGCCCAAUAUUGUGCAAAUUUUGGGCGCAAAUACGUCAGAUUUGACAAGAGGUAAUCUCUAUCUUAUUGUGGAAUAUUGCGAAAAUGGAAAUCUCGAAAAAUUUUUGAGGAACCGUAGAAGCUUUUUUAAAUCUGGAAAAGAGAUACAAAAUGGUUACACAAAUGUGUCCCCAUCGCCACGAAAUUACGACAAUGUUUCAGCCACAAACACCCUCACGAUGCAGCACUUGAUCAACUGGAGUUUUGAAAUUGCUUGCGGAAUGGAAUUUCUGGGUGAAAAGAGUGUAGUUCAUGGCGAUCUUGCGGCAAGAAAUAUUCUCCUAACGAGACGACUUGUGGCAAAAAUCACGGACUUUGGGUUAUCAAAACAGUUAUAUGAGGACACUCAGUACACGAGGAAAACUAAGGUAAUGCUCCCUUGGCGCUGGAUGGCCCUGGAUUCGCUGACCGAUAGGUGUUGUUCUACAUGCACAGAUGUCUGGUCCUUUGGCGUAACUCUUUGGGAAAUUUUCACUCUGGGAUCCGUUCCAUACGCGGGGUUUGAAUAUGACGCUAGCUUCGUGAAAAAAAUUUCGAACGGCCUGAGACUCGGAAAGCCGGAGCAUGCGAGUGAUGAAAUUUAUGAUUUAAUGUCUAUGUGCUGGCAUUCUGAACCUAAUGAACGGCCAAGUUUCUCAUCUUUGAAAAGUUAUUUGGGUAGCAUGUUAUCAAGUCAGGAUGAGAAAGAACUUCCUCAACUGGAACUUUGCGACGAAGACUAAAUUCCUUUCUAAAUAUAUUUUUGCUCAUUUUGGGUAUUCACGUCAAUCAUAACGCCGCUUCGUAACACAUCUUCGCAAUUUUGCAGUGUUUCCGAAAUCAGAGCAAUGAACAACUUAUUUGUAUUUUAAAUGAAAAUGCAUAAACUGAAAAUGGGAAGGAAGGGCUAUGCAAAUUCCAGUUGACCAUGAGUUUGCGAAAAUAGUUUACGACGAUGAUAGAUGACUUUCUUUGUCACAUAUUUAUGUUAAUAUUUCGUAAAAAAAGAUGAACUACUCGAUUGGUUAUCGUAUUAAAUGUAUCUUUUCGCAAAUAUUGCGAAGUUGCGAAGAUGAAGUUGACGUGAACAACCCCAUAAUUUUGUACUUAUUCGAAGUUUUAAAAACUCCGUGGACUACAAUUAAUAAUAAAUAUUUAAUACAUAAUAAACUAGCGUAUAAGCCCGUCUCCCACCGGGCGACGGGCUUAUUUGAUUUUCGUGAAAAUUAAUUGGGAUUGUCCAUAAUUCCACAGAAUUAUUUUUUUAUUGGACCUUAUUAUUAGCUGUAAACGUCUCUUGGCAAGGAAGUGAAACUUUCCCCACUUUCACUUCCGUCACGGAAAAUUACUUUCACUUCCGUUGCAGACAAACAUUUCCAGCUUAUAAUAUAGAUAUAAUUACUUACUUAAGUGUAUACUUG